CCCUUUCUCCAGCUCCAGCGAGUUCCGACCUACCGCGCUAGCGUGUCGCCGCCGUCGCCCUCAGCUCCUCUCGAAUUGGUCGGUGGCAUCGCAUCUCCGUUCAGCUCCCAAAACUACGUCUCGAGGAGAUUAUCGAGUACUCAGCCCUCGUCGGUGCUCCUUUUCCAUCGUCACGCAAGCAAGCCGUCGUUUUUUUUCUUCGAAGAGCACUGCCCGCGAAUCCUUCGAGCCCGCGAGUGCCAUCCUUCUUCAGUUAUUUCCUCGUUUACGGGUUGCUACCUCUAUCCCCACAGGACUACGAAGACUCUCCUGCUCCCAUCAUUUAUCCAUCUCUAUUGAGUUCCUUGAAGAAACCUAUCUUCAGAGAUGCAGCACGAUGAUUUGAUAUGGCAGGUUAUCAAGAACAACCACUGCAGCUAUAUGUGCAAGAUCACAACAGGGUCGUUCUGCAGAAAUGUAUAUAAUGUCACUGGCAUCUGUAAUCGUAGCUCCUGCCCUCUUGCGAACAGUCGAUAUGCUACUAUUCGUGAUCAUGAUGGAGUUUUUUACUUGUAUAUGAAAACAAUUGAAAGAGCACAUAAACCAAAUGAACUGUGGGAGAGAGUUAAACUUCCGAGAAACUAUGAGAAGGCUAUAGAAACUAUUGAUAAACAUUUGGAGUUCUGGCCUAAAUUACUCAUACACAAAAUAAAACAACGAUUAACCAAAAUGACUCAAUGUCGAAUACGCAUGAGAAAACUUGAACUGAAAGUGAGGGAAAAGAUAAUGACCGUACCCAGAAAGGAGAAGAAAAGAGAAGCUAGGAGGGAGGAGAAAGCAGAAAAGGCUGCAGUUCUCGAUAAGAGCAUUGAGACCGAACUGCUAGAGCGUUUGAAGAAAGGUGUUUAUGGUGAUAUAUACAACUACCCUGUCGAGGCAUAUAAUAAUAUAUUGGAAAUGGAAGGUCUCCAGCCAACUGCAGUUGAAGAAGAAGAAGAAGAAGAGGCAGAAAUAGAGUACGUUGAAGGCUAUGAUGGACUUGAAGAGGAAGAGGACAUGGAAGAUUUUGAUGGUUUCAUGAAUGAUGAAGGCUUGAUGGGCAAUGAUGAGGGUGGAAUGUAUGAGGAUGAUGAAGAAACCGAUCCAUUAGAACAGCAAAUUGCCAAGAAACUAAGACCAUCAUAUGGAUCUAAAUCGCAAAAGACAGACAGUCAUUAUUCUGGCAAAAAGCCAAACAGAAAGGGUCGGGUAAUCAUCGAGGUCGAGGAGGAAGGAGAGCCGAAGCAAAAGGCACUUUAGUUAAAUUGAUUUUUGACAUCUACUUCAGUAAAGUCACCCGGCCAUUUUCAAAGAAGAUUAGAUCAUAAUUUGGGACCGACAUCGAGACCGUGCUAUUGAUGAACGUCUAGUUUAUUUUUACUCAUAAGUCGUGUGCUAUUGAGACCUCAUGUUUCUUUCAGUCUCUAGUGGUAACAUCGAACCAGACCUCUGUGCUUCAUUGUGACCCCAUUCGAAGAGGUUGGUUUACACUUUGCCUGGUUUUGAUCAGUAAGCAACAUAUUUUCCUGUUUUUUAUCAUUGGGGUCCUCAUAACUCAUAAAUUUACAAUUUUAAUUUUCUGCAGUUGUCUUUAAAAUGCUA